GAGGGAAGACGGGGGAGAUCUGAGGGGAAGGUGCCUCUUGGUUCGUUUGUAGUUCAUUAGGGUCUCUGGGCGGGGCUGAGCCAGAGCCAGCUAGGGUAUUGGCUCUAAACACAUACAUAUAUAUCUGUCUUUUUCCCUCCUCCAUCAACCUCCUAAAUUCCAAUGAGGUCACUGCGAUGAGCAAGAACAAGAGAAAAAGAGAAGGGGAGGAAGAAGAGGGUGGCGGUGAAGAGGAAGAAGAAGACACAGACAGAAAGGGGCAAUCAGACAAGGUCGACUUUUUCUGAGAGACAGCAACUGCGAGGAGCGUGGUGCUGAAUGUAAUCUGCCUGGAAGAGAGACGGAAGCGGAGAUAGAAGGACUGAGCCACUUUUCUAUUACGACAGUAACAAAGGGAGAGGAGGCAGAGAGGAAGCUGAGAGAAGGGAGCGAGCCCUCCCACUCGCCCCCCGCAGAAAACAAAACCUCCGGGCUCGGGAAAAGAAGCAAAGGAGCUCGAAGUGCUGGAAGACUCGGAAUAGACAGGAGAACAAGCCAGUUACCAAGAGAGGGGGCGUGCAGGUUUCCUGAGGAGACUUUGGAUGCAGCAGCACCUUGGACAGCACCCGGGUGAGCGCGUCCCUAACAAAAAGACCUUAAGCUCCAAGCUGCCAUCCUCUUGAGAAGAGGCUACUUUUGCAGCAUCCCCACUCUUGUCUUUCCUUCCCUCCACUUCAGCUUGGCUCCAGCCCGGGAGCAGAAGGAAAGCCUUUGUCCUUCGGCACUUUGAACGUGCCAGGAGGUGCCCCGGGUGCUUUGGCCCGGUCCGGAGAAGCUCGCCUCUGUCUCUGGGAACUGCAUAUCUUCCGGAAAAUGCUAAACUGGUGAAGAAAGGGGGAAAAAGUUUUGGGGGGGUGUAUUAGGGGGAAAGAGAGGAGCGCACGGGGAAAGCGGAAGACCAAAGGUGGAUGGUUUGUUUCCCGGGCUGAUCUGGAAGGAAUGAUGACCGAGGAAGGAUGUGCACCAGCGGCCAGAUCAUUGGAAGCCUGCUGGUGCUCUCUGUGCUGGAGAUAGGGCUGGGGGCGUCCAGCGUGGCCGUUGGGGCAGUGAGCUUCAGCCUGGCCCUCAGAGAGCACCAGCCGCAGCUUGGAGACUCCUCUCCGGUAUGGAGCGGGCUGUGUUUUCUGCUUUGCGGUAUCUGUGGAAUUCUGUGUGCCAAAAAAAAGUCCGGACUUGUCAUGAUCCUUUUUUCAGCCUGCUGCAUCUGUGGGCUAAUUGGUGGCAUCCUGAAUUUCCAGUUCCUCCGAGCAGUCACCAAGAAGACAUCCUCACUCUACCCAUUGCGCCUGGCCUCCAUGUCUCUGGCCUGCAUUGGGAUUGGGGGCUGUACCCUUUCCUCUUGGCUUACUUGCCGCCUGGCCAGCUACGAACAAAGACGCAUGUUUUCUGAACGAGAACACUCCCUGCAUCAUUCCCACGAAAUGGCAGAAAAAAGAUUGAGGGGUAUUGAAAUAACCGACUUGCCCAGCUGCCCGGUGGUGCCCCCGACACCAGAGUUACCUACAAGGAAAUGACAGACACUAUGAGCAAUGGAGGACCACAACUAAUAUUUAAUGGAAGAGUAUAACACAUUAAAAAAAAAUUGAAACUUUUUUUUCUUUCUUCCGAAUUUCAAUCAGAAAAGGAUAUACCAAAGGAUUCAUCCAAUAUGGCAACAUUGGUGGCUUUUACUGCCAGGUUUCUGAUGUUGUGGGACUUCCUGGAACAAUUCUUUCUUGGAUUUUCACUAACAUUUUUCUCCCUGGAUUUGGCCUCAUGUAGCUCUCCAUUAAUUUCUGUUGGGCUAAGAACUUUCCAAGAGUGUCCUCAGAAAGGCUUUCUGAUCAGCUUUUCAGACCACUUUCAUGAAGAUUUUUCAGAAGAGGAAAUAAAUGUAAUAAAAAUUGGUUUCCAAUAUGGCCUAAGUCACACUUUAACUAGCAUGUGAAAAAUACAGGGGAGAAAAGAAGGUGGCCUGCAAUUAGUCUCAAUGUGCAAAUUGUAAAGAAUAUCCAUCACUUGAGGCUAUACUGAAAAAUGGACAGCAGCAAGAACACCAGGAUUCAACAUCUCAGCCAUGCCUUGAUGUAAAAAAACAAAACAAACAAACAAAAAACUGUAAAUAUUUCCAAUUUGUGGAUUCAGCAUAUUUCAUAAUUUAUUCAUAAAAUAAGAUAAAUAAAAUGAACCCCAAAUUAGAAGUAAAAAGUGAUUUUUCUUUUCUUUUCAGAAAGAAUAUUAGUCAGUAUGAUAGUUUUACAUUAUUUGCAAAGUGAUUGGAGAGAUUGUCAAAAGAUUAGGAUUUUCUAAACCUUUGUUCUCUUCUAUCAGAGUGGGCAGAAGAAUCUAUAGAUCCAUAGACAGUGACUCUGGCUACAGAGAAGUGUGUACAUAUAUACUGUAAAUAUAGAAAAAUAUAUAACAUAUAUUUAUAACAUGCAUUUAUGUAAAUAGAAUGGGGGAAAAUUGGGGAGAUUUGAGCUACAGAUAAGACCUUAUCCCCACACAUUUGUGGGGAUUUCUUCCUAUACCUUUUUUCAGAGACCACACAUCAUUGAAUUAAUUUUGUGUGUGUCUUUUUUUUCUUCUUGGAUCCAUCUGGUGGAUGUAAAUAUUGCUAUAUUUGGUGUUAGGUGGUGAGGAGAGGAUUUUUGAACAAGAUGGUAAAGGAAAAAGAGAACUCUUGGAUGAAUUGGACCUUAUGAGUAUGGUUUGUGCAACACAGAUUUUUAUAUCAUGUCGUCUAUUUCAUGUGAAUAUAACCCAUAUUUAAGUUGGGCACCUUUGUGUUUACUUAUAGAGUGUUUACUUUUUCAUGACCUAAAUCAUUAUAAAUCCUUUCUAGUAAAACUUAGACUGCUAGAUGAAGGUGAUCUAGUACUCAAAUAAUAAAAUACAAAGUGGCUUUGGCUUUCUGUCUUAAAAAAAAAAAUCCCCAUAAAGCAACCAAGUGUUGAUACUUAACCAAAAAUUUGACACGCUGACUCCAAAAGAGAUCUCAGCUUAGAAAAUGAGAGAGCUUUGUAUAAAAAACUAUUCAUGCCUGAAUCUUUAAAUAACCCUUGGUCAUUAUGAUCAGAGAUGGGAAAUAACCAUUCUCUUGGGACAGCAAUACAUCUCUUUUGUAUCAUUCUGUCAACUUUGUUUAACUUCAUAUUGUAUAAAGGUCCUUUCUCAUGUGAUCUCAUGUGAUCUUCACCACAAUUUUAUGAAGCUGAUAAAAACAGAUAUUAUCUGUCCUCAUGUAAAGACAACAAAAUUAAUAUCUGGGGAAAUUGAAUGGCUCCCUUUAGUUCACACAGCUUGUAAGUAGUUGAAGCAGGAUUAGAAUCGGGGUCUUCUUGAGGGCUCUUCUCAUGUGCCUUUCAGUCAUGCUAUUUAUGCCUCCAUUCCGUUUCAUGGACAGAGAACCUCUGAUAACAACUAGGGAAAUUCAUUUUUGACUAUUGAAUUUUUUUCUAAAUUAAAUAUUGAUUUUAAAGAGCAAGGGUAAGAUAGAGACUACUUUAAAAAAUUAGAAAAAAGAAAUGACUUCUAUUAGAGUUAUCAUGAUAUCCUUUAUAGUGGGUAUCUUACUGUGACAUAAUCGAGCUCAAAAAUUAUGAGAAGGAACAAAUUUUUAUUUAGAAUCUUGCAGUGUACUUUAGGCAGAAAAAAAUGUCCAGAACUUCAAGUAAUAGAGAACUAGAAUUCUAUUGAUAAGUUACAAACUGAUUAAUGAUCCUUCUCUUCCCAAAAUGGAUAUCAAUGAAUCUAAACCUUUACAUUCCCUUUGGUUAAAAAAACAUUGGCCAGUAGCCUCUUUGGGGAUGUUUUUUUUUUCUUUUCUUACUAAAAGCCUUGCCAACUUAUCUGUAUCUCUAUAUUACAAGCCAAUUCAUUUGAGAAAUCAUCGACUUAUCCCAUGAAAAAUCGUAAACAAUUGAUGGCACUUGGGUAGUGGACAUGUGCCCACCUGGCCUCUAGUCCUCUAAAUCUCAGCUGCUCAAGGGCACUCAGUUGUAGCCCAGUUUUCUAAGAUCUAUUACUUGGAAGAUUAGAGAUUUGUUUUCAUUUUUAAUAACAGAGUAAACAUCAAAGAUAACUUAACAUGGUGUUUCUUCCUUUAUGGCCCUGUUUGUACAAUAUAGCGUUGCAAUGUCUUAGACCCAGUACUGUUUUCUGGAUAUAAUAUUGAUCCCUCUUAAAAACUUUUACAAAAUCCAAAGGGGAAAAAAAUCUUUUUUUUAAAGGAGCAAAUGGACAGACUAUUGUUUCUUAAAAAAAAAAAAAAGAUAUCAUUAGAGACUCUAAUAACCAUGAUGAUUAAGAAAAAGAACCAACAACAUAUGCUAGAUGACAUAUCCAUAUAUUUCUUUUCAAAUGCAAUUAUUGUAAGUUUAAAAAAAAAGUUUCAGGGCUGAAAUCACAUUGAGGUUUAAAUGGAAUCUUUUCUGAUCUCAUUCCAGACAAGGGAAGGAGCUUGGGAAAGCAUCACAAACCCAUGCCUGUGUGCUUGGAAAUUUAAUUUUCAUCACACAUUGAAUUAAGAGCUAUAAUUUUAUAAGUGCUAUAUUCAAGAGUUGGCAUGAGUCAGUGCCCUCCGGGGGGACUGUAAUGGGAGACCUAACACCCAACUGUCAGGAAGGCUGAUGUGGUACUGAGAUGGAGAGUCCAGCCAUGCCAUGGAGGGGCUUGUCUUGCCAAAAACCUCAGAGGGAGAAGGGGGAGUCUGCCUGGAAAAUGGAGAAAUCAAUCUGGCUGUGGUCAAUAAGGGGGAACAGUUGACAGAAGAGUUGGUCCUGUGACUGUGCUGAUGUGUGUCUCUUUAAUAAAUGAGGAGUGUUUUUGAAAAA